ACCCAGUGAGCGGAAGCUGGUAAACAAGUCUUCAUCUAUUUUGUCUUGGGUUUUUAUGGCCUCGGUGCUCCGCCGCACUGAGGCGCUGUGCCAUCGCAUAUUCCGAACCGAUUCUCGUCCAGAAGAUAAUGUGGUUUGCCCGGCGAUCAAAGCUGCAACCGCGAGCGGAAGAUGCGGAGCCGCCAAGUCGGCAGGGUAUCCAUCGAGUCUCGAAAGACUCUGCCCCUCGCUUGCGCACAUGGGGUAUCUUUACCCCCCCCCAACUUCCCAUGGAAACUGACAACAGCGGUCGAUCCCGACCGAUCGUGCGCUUCUGCGACUAGGCUGCCUAUCUCUAUUGCAUUGAUGAAGCCAAUCCAGACAACCAGAUCAAAUACCCCAUCCACACAGGAAUUACCUGUGUUGGAAGCAACAUGGAAGCUGAUGUCGUAUUGCCCGUGCCUGGUGUCAGCGGACUCCAUGCGAUUUUCGGUUGGUAACAGUUCCGUCAGAGACCAGUCUGUAGGGACUCUCGCCUGGGAGAGCUGGACAGAAUCAGAUGGGACCAGCAUCCAUCACACUGCUCACUCCUCUCAACAGCUCCAGCCGACAAUUCUGACGAACACUGCUGGGUGCUUGAUUACUGCCUUGACACAUGCUCUUCAUCCUCGGUAGAGAUAUCCUCGCAAGGAUCGAUCCAUUUUAUCCAGGACCUCGAAUCCACAAACUUUACCUCUAUUGGCCAAGGUGACGAUUCCGUUAGACUGUAUCCUGCAAGGGCGUACCAGCUAUUGAACAAC